GUUAAAAUGACUGAUUAUAUCACAACGAACAAGGCUUUUAUGCCUCACCACCAACUUACCAACUCACUCCCUAAACCAAUAAUCUUCGAUGCAAGUUUGCUUAACCUUGAAUCCAAUAUACCAUCUCAAUUUAUAUGGCCAGAUCACGAAAAGCCAUGUCCUGAACCCAUGGAACUUGAUGUUCCUUUGAUUGAUUUAACUGGGUUUUUGUCAGAUGAUAUUGCUGCCUCAACUCGAGCGGCUAAAUUAGUGGGAGAAGCUUGUAGGAAGCAUGGGUUUUUCAUGGUAGUCAAUCACGGUAUAGAUUUCAAUCUCAUAUUAGACGCUCAUCAGUGUAUGGAUGAUUUCUUUAAACAACCACUCGUCCAGAAACAGAGAGCUCAACGCAAACUCGGCGAGCACUGUGGUUAUGCCAGUAGCUUUACAGGUCGUUUUAUGUCUAAGCUGCCUUGGAAGGAAACUCUUUCCUUCGAAUAUUUUGCACGAGACGGUUACUCUCGCAACGUUGAAGAAUACUUCAAAAGAACGCUUGGGCAAAAUUUUGGAAAAUCAGGGAAAGUUUAUCAAGAGUAUUGUGGUUCCAUGAGUAAACUCUCCCUAGCAAUCAUGGAGCUCUUGGCAAUGAGUCUUGGAGUGGAGCGCAAUCAUUUCAAGGCCUUUUUUGAAGCAAACGAGUCGAUUAUGAGACUCAACUACUACCCACCGUGCCAAAAGCCAGAUCAGACAUUAGGCACCGGACCACACUGUGAUCCCACAUCGCUAACCAUUCUUCACCAAGACAGUGUUGGUGGACUACAAGUGUUUGUGGAUGACCAGUGGAGAUCAAUCAAUCCCAUCCCUAAUGCUUUUGUUGUCAACAUUGGGGAUACUUUCAUGGCACUCUCAAAUGGGAAGUACAAAAGUUGUCUGCACAGGGCAGUGGUGAAUAGCAAGAGUUCCAGGAAGUCACUUGCUUUCUUUUUAUGUCCGAAUAAGGAUAAGUUGGUGAGGCCACCAGCUGAACUGGUGGACAAAAAUAGCCCGAGAAUAUAUCCCGACUUCAAAUGGCCGGCCUUGCUCGAGUUCACUCAGAAACAUUACAGAGCUGAUAUGAACACACUGCAAAAUUUCUCAAAAUGGAUCCUCGAGCAGCAGGACAAAACUCAUCAUCAUCAACUUCUCUGAUCUGUGUUUUGGCCUUUGUAAUAGCGAAUAUGUGUUAAUAGUUUUACAUAUUCCGAGCUGUGUUUUGGCCUUUGUUAAAUCAAAUCUUUUUGGCAGUAGCUUUUGGUGCCUGGACUCUUGUUUUAAUUUUAAGAAUCAAACAGAAAAUGAUGGAG